AUGGAUGCUUUAAGCUGGGAUAAAAAAUUUCAAGGAACUGCUCUUAUAAGGCUAUUGACUACCAGGAGACCGAAUGGGAAAAGACAGGGAGGUCUUCCAUCAUACUGCCAGUGCACCACUCCCACUGUCAACUGCCCGCCAGGACCACCAGGACCACCAGGACAGCCUGGACAGCCUGGACAACCCGGAAACCCUGGACCACCUGGACAAGACAACACCGUUACCUAUCCUCCUACCCGU